AUACAUACCAAGAUACACCUUUAGUUGGCUGGUCAAACCUAUGUGGUGGGUCAUAAAGUUUCUUCAUAGGGCAGUUGAUCUUACACUGGUUCCAUCAGUUUGCCCUUGCAAAGGAGCUUGAAGCAGCUAGGGUAACAGCAGGUAACAAGAUUCGUCUAUGGAAUAAGGGUGUUGAUUCCGAAAGCUUCCAUCCCAAAUAUCGCUCUCAAGAAAUGCGAAUAAGACUAAGUGAUAGUCCAUGUUGGACGACUAGGAGUUAAGAAGAGUUUGGAUUUACUCAAAAG